UCCCACUUUUCGCCGAGCACGACAUGGAGAGAAAGUGAGAGAUUUUACAUUAAGUCUCCAAGCAGCUCCCCUUCGAAGGCGCAGCAGUUUGCUGUCGGGAUCGCGAUAAACAGAAAGCGAACAGAGCUGCUCUGUGUCAGGAUCGAGGAGGGAUUCAAGGGAAGUUUUCAGAGGAAACGAGACUUUGCCGGGCGCUAGCGAGCGGAGGUCUGCUGCUGGUUCGCACAGGGAGAAAGCGGGGGAAACAGAGACGGCUCUGUUGUGCGGAUUUUAAUGAAAUACAGCAGCUGUCAGACACACGCCUGCAACCCCUGCCUACCCCGAGUUAGAUGCGUUUGACUUUAAGAUGCGGAGCGACCCCAUACUGUUCGCCUCGAGGGCGAUGGAGGAGUUGUUGGCAGAGUUGCGGGUCUUUCUGGAGUUGUUGGACAGAGAGUAUUUAACUGCUGGAGUGAGAGAGAAGAAACAGCAAAUAUUAAACAUCCUGCACAGAGUUCUAGCAACUAGAGAGCCCUCAUGUAAGACAGAGAUACACACCUCUCUCCCGGCCCCUCCUCAGAUGCCCCUUCCAGAGAUUCCUCACCCCUGGAUGCCUCCAGACAAUGGGCCUCCUCCCUUGCCGAGCUCCUCUCUUCCUGAAGGUUAUUAUGAGGAAGCCGUUCCGCUGGGCCCUGGGAAAGCACCAGAGUACAUCACCUCUAAUUAUGACUCGGACGCCAUGAGCAGUUCAUAUGAGUCAUACGAUGAGGAAGAGGAGGAUGGGAAGGGGCAGAAGAUGCGUCACCAGUGGCCAUCUGAGGAGGCCUCCAUGGACCUGGUGAAAGAUGCACGUAUCUGUGCGUUCCUGUUGCGAAAGAAACGCUUUGGACAAUGGACCAAACUGCUCUGUGUCAUAAAGGACAACAAACUGUUGUGCUACAAGUCCUCCAAAGACCAGACUCCACAGAUGGAGCUCCUCCUGUCUGGCUGCAUUAUCACACACAUUCCCAAAGACGGCAAGAAAAAGAAGCAUGAACUGAAGAUAGUCCAUCAGGGAGCUGAUGCUCUGGUGCUUGCCGUUCAGAGCAAAGAACAGGCCGAAGAGUGGCUAAAGGUGAUGAAGGAAGUCUGCUCAAAUGGAAAUGGAGUGGUGGACUGUGACGGAGCUGGCUCUGGUUCCCCUGUUCACAAAGCAGAGCUGGAAAAGAAGCUGUCCUGCGAUCGGCCCAAUUCAGAUGGAGAGCCUUGUCAUGACAAUGGCAUCUCAGAUGGCAAAGAUCCAGCCAAAGGCAAGAAGAACUCUAAAUCAGAGCAGAAAGGCACCGUGGGACGUGUGACUGGAAAGAAAAUCACUAAAAUCAUAAGCCUGGGCAAGAAAAAACCAUCUACAGAUGAACAGACCUCAUCGGCGGAGGAGGAUGUCCCAACGUGUGGCUAUCUGAACGUGCUGUCCAAUAACCGCUGGAGAGAGCGCUGGUGCCAGCUUAAAGACAACCAGCUGUUGCUGCACAAGGACCGGGCAGAUCUGAAGACACACAUGGCCUCUCUGCCGCUGCGGGGGUGUGAGGUCAUUCCAGGGCUGGACUCCAAACAUCCCUUUGCCUUCCGUCUGCUGCGUAAUGGACAGGAGGUGGCUGUUCUGGAGGCCUCCUCCUCUGAGAGUAUGGGAAGGUGGCUGGGGGUCUUGCUGGCCGAAACGGGCUCCACAACAGAUCCUGCUGCACUGCACUACGAUUACAUUGACGUCGAAACCACUGCUAAUGUCAUUCAGCUGGCCAAGCAGUCGUUUUGUUUCACCAGUAAGCGUGCAGUUUCUCCAAACCCGUACUUGGAUAACCCAGUCAAUGGUUACGCCUGUCCCACAGGGGUCGCUCUGCAUUAUGAUGAUGUGCCCUGCAUCAAUGGAUCGGUACCAGAUGCGCACUACUCCUCCCCAGCUUCAGGGGACCGUCGGUGGAAAGAAGAGUCUCAUUAUGAGAAUACAGAUCUUUAUGAAAACAUGCCCUCCCCCAAACUAGCAGCCCGCUACUCUACCAAAUCCAUCCGCUCGCAGUCAUCUUCCACAGGGCAUUACAACACACCGCUCUCCACCAAAUCUCUGUCCUCUUCCUCCUCUCCCUCAGCUGCUAAUACUAACACUAACCAGCUCAAGGGAAAGAAAGGCCUGACCACCAAUGGGUUCGCUGCAAAGCAGAAGUUGGACAAGAACCAGCCCAAAAAGGCCAAUGGAAUCAGCAGCACUGUUCCAGUGAAACGCAACAACUCUAGUGUGGAUCAGUAUAAGUACGGGAAAAACAGAGUGGAGGCAGAUGCCAAAAAACUCCAAACGAAAGAGGAGGAGCUGAUGAAGAGGAAGCAGGAAAUUCGAAACCGCCUGACCCAGCUGAAAAAAGACAGGAAGGACCUCCGCACUGCUAUAGAGAACAACACAGGUAAGCGCUCUCAGGCAUCUUUGACAGAGAGACUUAAGAAAGUGGAGGAUGAAUGCAAACUAAAAGAGGAAGAACGAGUCAAUCUGGAACUGGAGCUGACGGAGGUGAAAGAGAGUCUGAAGAAAGCCUUGAACGGAGGCGUCACCCUGGGCCUGACCAUUGAACCCAAAACGGGCAGCUCCAGCCCACAGUCUCCAGUGCUAAUGAGGCGAACGGUGGACAACUCACCCAUUUCCAGUUGUGACACCAGUGACACUGAGACCUGCUCUCUACCAGUCAACAGUGCAUCUCUGCUGCGGCGUCAGACACAACAGAAAGCCUCACCUGUGCGAGGACACGUCCUCAGGAAAGCCAAGGAAUGGGAGAUGAAGUCUGGCACAUAAGUUCUUUUCCACUAACUUUUCAUUUUCGCUGUAUCUAUUUAUUUUUGUCCAUAUAUGAGUGAUGUUGAAAUUGAAUUGACUGAACCAUAGACACACUAUUUUCCAGAAUUAAUUCUGGAAGACCUUGACUGAGUCUGGUGCCCGGUGCUGUUUAUCAUUAUAGCACUAUCCCUGGAUCAUGAUCUGACUAUAAAGUGACUUACAAAUGAGGAAAACUCAAGCAAUUUGUCAUAUAGAGGCCAACAGUAAUGCCACAAAACCAAAUUUAUAUACACUACCGUUCAAUAUACCAUUUUGGGGUCAGUAUAAUUUUUUUUA